AUGCGGUGCAAGGAUUCCAGAGAUAGAAUCUACAGCCUCCGGGGACCACUUGGUUCGUGUCGCGGAUAUGAUCAGAUCAAACCACCGAUUAAGACAGUCGAUUAUUCCAAGCCCGCGGAGGCGGAGAUUUUGGAAUGUGCUUUCCUGCUUCUGGCGAGCCUUCCUCUUCGCACAGACGUCGAGGAUGAUUUCAGCGGCAUCCGGCCCAUCUACGACUUGUUGUCCCCGUCGCCCGCAAGAGGUGUGCCAUCGCUGCAAAAAUUCUCGCUCGACCCGUCAGUCCCGAUCCAACCUAAGGUCUGGACAGCCUGCCUGUUUCACGAAGUGACCUGCUUCCAGCUGGCCAUGGUCGAAGCGCACGAUUUUCUCGAAUUCACGGCGACUUUUGAGCAGAAUGACAUCUUCACCCUCAAGAAGAAGCUCGCUCAGUCGUUCGCGACUCUCGGCUCUCUUCUGGCUCUCGCCAUCUGCGCAGUCCCAGGCGGGCUCGCUUGCAAAUACGCCCAGGCAGCUUGUGGUCAAAAAUCUACGUCGAGCUCUCAGCAAGCCUGUAAAACCCGGGGAUGGACGGUCAUAUUCUCUUGUACCCGGCAAUGGUCACAUCUCAGUGUCGGUCUCUAG